AUGAUUAUAUACAGAUUCUCCAGUGGUUGCUGUCAAACAAAUCAAGCGUUGGAGAUCAGAAAUUAUGCGGGAUAUUCACCAUUAUUAACUGCGGCCUUUUACGGAUCGGAGAAGUGUAUUACAUAUUUCAUUUACAAUUCCAACAUCAACUGGAGGGUGCAAAACGAUGACGGUCAAACAGUCUUCCAUAUUCUAGCUAAACAUACGAGAGGCCGUGAUAUAUUGGCAAUGAUUUGCAAACAAAUCAAACUGAAAGUACCUGAUGACAUGAUAAUGAAAGAUAGUGAGGGUAACACGCCUCUGCACUAUGCAACAGACGCCAAUCUUCAAGAGAUGUGUAAACAGUUAAUUAGCAUGGCCAACAGUGGAAUCAAAUCUUUGUCACUGAGUGCAGAUAUGAUCGCAACAAAAAAUGAUCUCGGUCGAACGCCUGCGCAUAUCGCAGCUGAGAAAGGGUUCACGGGUAUCCUGAAAGACUUUUGGGAUGCCAGCAAAAUGAGUCAUGUGAGCGGAUUAUUUAGAUUAGACGAUGAACGAAAAUCUUGCCUUCAUCUCGCUGCCGCCAAAGGUCAUUGCGAAGUGGUCGAAUUUCUGCUAGAUGAAGUCCACAUGGAAGUAGAUGUGAUUGCUGAUCGCCGUACUACUCCUUUGCAUUUAGCAUGCCAGUACGGUCAUCUGAAAGUUGCAAAAUAUCUUCUUGAACGUAAAGCAUCUCCGACAUUGCGAGAUGCAUCCUUAUAUAAUUGUUUGGAAAUUGCUAUUAUUAAUCGACAUGAUAGUUUAGUUCGGGAACUUUUCGAACAUCCAUUAUGGCGUCACAUGAUGCGUAACGCACAACCAAUCAAGGGAACCAAAGCCUAUGAUACACCUAUGCGCAAAUUGAUUCGAUAUAUGCCACACAUUGUCGUAUAUGUAAUUGAUAACAAGCUAACUCGAACUGUCGGUAAUCCGGGUCAAAAAGUUCACAAAAGGACAUAUGAUUAUGAAUUCUUUCAAGACGAACUGGCGAUUAACCAAUGGUACACACAAGGUACUGUGCUUGAUCCACCCUCCAAUACCUUCUCGGAGCGUUGGAAACAAUUGAGUUGGAGUGAAACUGUCCGAUGCGUCUGCUGUUGUUUUUGCUGCUCCAGCUUAGACCGACAAGAAAAAAGUAUUAUACCGUAUACCAACAAUAGUUAUGUUUUAGUACGCAAUCAUCCAUUAUUUAUUGUUGCUCAACAAUCAUCGUGCUCUGCACUUGUCCAUCAUCCGUACAACAUUCAAUUACGAACAGAGAAACUAUAUUUGUUCGGUAUUUACUUUUUACUUUUGUCCUUUCUGCUUUACUCAGCUUAUCUCGGCAUAUUCACUACGCUUGUUCUUCAAGGUAAACAUCCACAGUAUUUCUAUAGUUUAAUCAACGUGAACUACACGGAUGACUUGGGCACAUGUGAACGAGUAUCGAGAGCUCUUGUCAAUGCCAACCAAGCAGAGGCACUGAAGACGGACGCUCAUCGAACACUUCGAUGGGUUGCAUUUGCGUUUCUAUACGUGUUCAUUGUGAAAAAUCUCAUUCUAAUUGCCAGUCUUUUUCCAAAAAUAUUGCGUAUGGGUGCGAAUUAUCUUGAAAUCUCUGUUCUUUUACUCUCGUUUGGAUAUAUAUUCGACUGGUAUGAUUGGCUUGGUCCGGUCAUAUUCCGCUGUCCUGUUCAAUAUCAAAUCGGUUCAUUCGCCGUUCUUCUCGCUUGGAUUAAUUUUCUUACUUACCUUCGAUACGUUCCUUUUCGUAAUAUUGGCGUCUAUGUCGUUAUGCUCCAAGCGAUUCUUCUAAAAUUUCUGGAAUUCUUGCCUGUUUUAAUGACAAUUAUCUGCGGAUUUGGUUUUAGCUAUUGGAUGUUGCUACAAAAUCAGUCGGUAUACAAGACGCCAAUAGAGGCGUUGAUUCGUACGAGUUUAAUGAUCUAUUGGAUGUUGCUACAAAAUCAGUCGGUAUACAAGACGCCAAUAGAGGCGUUGAUUCGUACGAGUUUAAUGAUGUUCGAUCUCGGAUAUGAAGAUCGACUUUAUAAUGAGGAUCCUAAUAAUGUUGGAUAUUAUACCAUACUUUAUUUCAUGUUUCUAAUUACUGGUAUUGUCUUUUGUAUUUUCGUGGUGAAUUUAAUGAUCAGUAUCGCUGUGGGUGAAAUUCCUUCGUUAAAAGAUCAAAGCAUUGUUUGGCGUCAUAAGAUGAUGUAUAAUCUCGUCUCAGACUACGAAAUCCUUCGUGCCCAACUACGUUUGAUCGUUAAUCGUAUGACAUGCUGUCGUUCACAUAGAAGUAAACAACGUGGACCGCGUUUGUUAAAAUUUCUACAAUAUCGUCAAGAUCAAUCGCUACAACAAGAUGACAAUAAUGUCUUCUUCCUUGUACGUUUUGGCCGUUACAUGCAAAAGCACUUUUUUGACGAAAGAAUUCAAGAUAAUGUAGAAACGUUCGUUCCGAACAGUACGACAGAAAACAAAGUAGAGCAAUGA